UCCUCUGCCUCAAUCGUUAGACGAAACCCGUCGUCUGUUAGCUUUUUUUUUUUCGCGUUUGUGACUUUUAUCUUGCUGUCUGUAAUUGAUGUCCGUUCAUAUCAAACUGACAUAUAAGUCGAGCGGCCACCGAGUGCAACCUGUCUUUCGCUAACCUUAGCCAGCUGGUUGGUUUGUCUUCCUUGCCGCUCUGUUAACGCAAAGGAGGACUCGUGGUCCAGCAUUAGGUAGCCAACUACAAGCAAAAAUAGGGCCGUUGUGAACACCACAAGAAGAGAGGUCAGUUGGUACGACGCUGGACGACGUUUCAACCACAGUUCUGUUCUUCGGUACGUGCCCCUGACCACUCCGCCACCUGAUAAGAUGGCAGAGCCUCGCAGCCCAGCUCCGGUACCCCCAAACCCCGUCGGCCUUCCCUCGGAGGGAUCCGUGGUGGUUGAGAUGGACCCCGUGGAAUACACUCUCCGCAAACGGCUUCCUCGGAAGCUGCCAAAGCGGCGCAAUGACGUGUAUGUCAACAUGAAGACAGACUUCAAAGCACAGCUCGCCCGAUGCCAGAAGCUGCUGGACGGCGGAGGCACCGGCGGCCACCGGGAGAUCUGCAUUCACGGACUCGGACUGGCCAUCAACCGUGCCAUCAACAUUGCGCUGCAGCUCCAAGCGAGCAGUCAGUGGGCGCUGCAGAUCGCCGCAAACACUUCCACCGUCGAGCUGGUCGACGACCUGGAGCCGGAGGACCCGGACGAAGCCGGCGAGCCUAUCACGCGUACUCGGAACAAUUCGGCCAUCCACAUUAAAGUCUUCUACCCAGACCCUCAGUGAUAAGUGCCGUCAUUAGAAGUCAACUGGUCUACUACAGCAACUGUACUAAACGCAGUGCAUUGCUUCCUAGUAACAUUCACCUUCAUUCAUCAAACAACUUUGAACACAACCAUGAACAACUAUGAACAUUUGCAUGCGUUAAACCAUAUGUACACUGAAGAGAGAGGGUCGCCUUUUGUAUUUUUUUAUUUUUUUUUUUCAAAAUUUGAUUAGUAUUAUAGGGAUUGACAGAAGCCUAGUGUUUUGAGGACCACAUCAGUUGGUCUGUCAUCUUCCAGGUGGUUUUGUCUGCAAGGAUAAUGCCGCAGUAACUGAUUAAACAGCUGUCGCUGUGUAUAUAUUGUGUUCUCUGAAAGGAAAAGUUCAUAAGCUCAGUUGUCAUGACCAACUGGAGAAAUCUUUUGUUUAAACUCAGAAGUCAUGAACCCAUCUGGAUUAUUUAGGUUGUUUCUGACUGCAAAUAUAGAGAAGUUUUUUUUUAAUGUAUUUUUUAUUUUGAAGAGACAUCAUUUGAUGUCAACACACGGUGGUGUUGAGCAAGGCUGUUGGUGAAAAUGUGUUUGUGACUAUCCUCCUUAAAUGUUAAUUUAAUUAAAUUUUAUAUGCAGA